AUCCGUUUCGCCUUUGAUAUCUGGAAUGAGAAAGAACAAUGAAAUGUCAAAACAUUGUUAUGUUUGACCAAGGCCAAAACAUAAAAAGCAUGCCUUUCGGAUGAAAUGGCCCAAGCAGGUGGUGGCUGCACACUGAAAAUCCGCCAUCUCCCAGCGCGCGUCUGCCUCACUUGUCCCUUUACCCAGCUCGCCACCCUCUUAUACGUACAAAUACCACUCUUUCCUUACGACUCGGCUUCCAACAUCCUGCACACGUGCAUUCUUCUCCACGAAAAAAUUCUUCAGGUUAAUCUCUAUCAUCCGACACCAUGAACGCUGGUGAACUCCUUGCAAACACCCUAUCGCCCGACCAGCGUACGCGUGAAGAUGCGACGCAGAAGCUCGAGAGGGCGUGCAGGGAGAAUUUUCCCGCGUACAUGCAUACGCUCUCCUCUGAGCUUGUCAACGAGAGCUCGCCACCACAUGUGCGCAAUGCUGCUGGUCUUGCACUCAAGAACGCCCUAACGGCCAAGGACAUAAACCGACAACUUGACUACUCCAAUCGCUGGCUUGCUCUUGACCCCGAGCAUCGCAAUAAGAUCAAACAAGACGCGCUUAUGUCUCUGGGUUCGCCUGUCAAGCAGAUUGGAACUGUAGCCGCUCAAGUCGUGCAGGCAAUAGCGAUGGUCGAGCUGCCUCACAAUCAAUGGCCGCAGCUCAUCGAGAUUCUGCUAGGUUUCGUAAACCGGGAGAACACUAAUCUGCGUGUGGCGACUUUGCAAGCAAUUGGUUUCAUUUGCGAGACAAUUAAACCCGAGAUAUUGGCUGCACGAUCGAAUGAGAUCUUGACUGCUGUCAUUCAUGGUGCCCGCAAGGAGGAGCCUUCACCGGAGGUUCAACUGGCCGCCAUUCACGCUCUAUCCAAUUCGCUGGAGUUUGUGCAGGACAACUUUGAGCGCGAGGGUGAAAGAAACUACAUCAUGCAAGUCGUUUGUGAAGCAACUCAGAGCGCCUCUGUACCUGUUCAAGUAGGCGCCUUCGAGUGUCUGGUCAAGAUCAUGACCCUCUAUUAUGAGAAGAUGGGCUUCUACAUGGAGCGAGCGCUGUUUGGGUUAACCGUCAUGGGAAUGAAGCAUUCGGAAGAGGCGAUUGCUCUUCAAGCUAUUGAUUUUUGGUCAACAGUUUGCGAUAUUGAAAUAGAGAUCACGUACGAGAAUCUAGAGGCGCAAGAGUUUGGCGAGUCGCCAGAGCAAGAGAACAAGUACUUCUCUAAGAUUGCCCUGCCUGAAAUUGCUCCUGUUCUCUUCGAGUUGCUGCUCCGGCAGGACGAGGACGCAGAUGAGGAUGAUUGGAAUGUGUCUAAGGCUGCUUCCACCGCACUCGCUUCACUCGCACAGGCAGUAAACGAUGCUGUUGUCCCCAUUUCUGUUCCAUUCAUUGAGGCGAACAUUCGAUCGCCGGACUGGCACCGUCGUGAAGCUUCUGUCAUGACGUUUGGCUCAAUAUUGGACGGACCUGAUCCUUCGGUGCUUACGCCGCUCGUCAACCAGGCUCUUCCAAUCCUCAUCGACAUGAUGACUGAUUCUCACUUCGCUGUCAGAGACACAGUGGCCUGGACUUUGGGGCGAAUCUGUGACCUUCUGGUUUCCACUAUUCAGCCUGACGUACAUCUCCAACCGCUCGUCACCGCACUUGUGAAUGGUCUACAAGACCAACCCCGUAUCAUUGCCAACUGCGCUUGGGCUUUGCAGAACCUUGCGGAACAACUGAGUUACACCGAAGAUAACCAACCAUUGGCUCCCAACCCGUUGUCACCGUAUUACGAUGGCGUGGUUCAGGCCCUGCUGCGUACUACCGAGACUGCCACCGGAGAAGGCAACUACAGGACCCAUGCAUACGAGUCUAUCGGUGCAUACAUCACCAACGCUCCCCCAGAUCAAAUUCAUGUGGUCCAAAAUACUGCAGUUACCAUCCUCCAACGUUUGGAGCACAUGAUCUCCGUCCAGAACCAAAUCAUUGGCAUUGAUGACAGGAAUGAAUGGAACGAUCUUGUAACUCACUUCUGCGCCGCUCUCAUCAAUGUCAUCAGGAAGUUGUCCGACGGUAUUCAGCCACUUGCAGAUCGUAUCAUGACCUUGCUCCUACAACUUAUCCAAUCCGCUGGCAAGACUUCAACAAUAGUCGAAGAUGCGUUUUUGGUCGUCAGUGCUAUGAUCAACGCGCUUGAACAAAACUUCUCACCAUACCUCAACGCAUUCUUGCCUUUCCUCUAUACCGCUCUGAGAACUCAUGAGGAGGCUGAGCUCUGUAACGUUGCAAUUGGCAUCAUUGGUGAUAUCUCCCGUUCUCUGGGUGAGCAGAGCGCGCAAUACUCCGCCGGGUUCAUGAGCGUGCUCUUUGAGAACUUGCAGAGCGACAUCCUUAACAGAAACGUCAAGAUCAGCAUCCUCUCGUGCUUCGGUGAUAUUGCUCUCGCCAUCGGCCCUUUGUUUGAGCCAUUCCUUUCUACAGCUAUGACUGUCCUUCGUCAAGCAGGCACGAUUCAGGCAAAUCCCCUGGAUCAAGAGUUAAGUGAGUAUGUCACAGCAUUGCGGGAAGGUAUCUUGGAAGCGUACACUGGUAUUGUUGCUGGCUUGAAAAACACUGACAAGGUCAACCUCGUAUUGCCUUACGUUCCUGAUAUCCUGGAGUUGAUCCAACGCUCCUUGGCCGACACGGAGAGGCAAGAGGCUGUUGUCCGAAUUUGCUAUGGCUUGUUGGGAGAUCUUGCCGAGACCUUCCGCAACGGCCAAAUCAAAGAACUUCUGCUCGCGGAGUGGAUAGCUACCGAGUUGCGACAGAAGGGACGUAUGAGCGCUGACACAAGGAAAAACUUGCGCUAUGCCAGAGAGGUAUUUUCAUCCUUUUCCAUACUGUCUCGUCCGGAAGCUGAUCUACCGUUACUUUAGAACGUCAAGCUUGCUACCGCGUAGAUUUCUUCUUGUUCGACCGUGCUGGACCAAUCUCAUUCAUUAAUUUCAUUGUUCUCGAGCAUUCAUCUCUUCCCUCGCAUUCUUACGUUUUAUGACGAUCCUAUAUGCCAUCUGAAGGAGGCAUCCUUGUUAUGUUUUUACGCACUUAGAACUUAUGGCAGAAAGAGGGUCUGCCAGUAUGAUCGUUAUUGUUGUCGUCGUCGUCAUUCUUUGUCCUCUUGAUUUGAAUCCUUUUCGUCUACCACUCACCUUUUCAAUGUAUCCAUGGGUCUCGAACUUCUCACUCCUGCUACAUCCUCAGCAUUUCUCAGUACUGCGUCGCACUUUAUUCUCUGAAUAAUUGUUCUGGUUUGUCAAAAAAGCGAUACCCCUAGCGACCGUGGGUGAUUGUAUAUGGUUCCUGAAGGGAGCACACACUGGGUAUACAUAUAUGCCCAUCUCUACAUUACGGCCGUAACUGCAAGUAUGUAUAAGAUAUCUUCGCUACAAUACGCACAUUUUUUUUUUACUCUCA